CACAGAGACCUAAUGGAACUGGAAGGAACAUCAGGAUUAUCAAGGAAGCAAAAAAUACAAGCAAGCAAAUGUUUUACUUGCUCUACUUGUGCGAAAAGAUUCGACAGCAAAGGACACCUCACGACGCACAUGAGAAUCCAUAACAAAGAAAAGUCUGUCAUCUGUCCUCGAUGUGAAAAAUGCUUCCCAAACAAAAAGAAACUUGCAAUUCACACUAAAGAGUGUCCACACACAUGUCCUCAGUGUGGAAAGAGUUUCACACACAAAGGAAAUUUUAAUGCGCACAUGAGAAUUCACACUGGAGAGCGUCCGUAUAUGUGCAGUGAAUGCGGAAAGAGUUUCAGAGAGAAGAAAAAUCAUAAACUGCACAUGAGAAUUCACACAGGAGAGCGUCCAUACACAUGUCUUCAGUGCGGAAAGAGUUUCACAUACAAAGGAAAUUUUGAAGUGCACAUGAGAAUUCACACCGGAGAGCGCCCGUACACUUGCAGUGUGUGCGGGAAGAGUUUCAGGGAGAAGAAAGCUCAUGAUUUGCACAUGAUGAUUCACACUGGAGAGCGCCCUUACACAUGUCCUCAGUGUGGAAAGAGUUACACGAGCAAAUUUGGCCUCACAGCCCACAUGUUAAUUCACACAGGACAAAGCCCAUACACUUGUCUUCAGUGUGGAAAGAGUUACGGACAGAAAUCCGGUCUGGAUUAUCACAUGAGAGCUCACACUGGAGAGCGGCCGUACAGGUGCAGUGAGUGCGGAAAGAGUUUUUUGAGGAAGACAUCUCAUACACUGCAUAUGAGAAUUCACACAGGAGAGCGUCCAUACACAUGUCUUCAGUGUAGAAAGAGAUUCAGAUACAAAGGAAAUUUUGAAGCGCACAUGAGAAUUCACACUGGAAAGCGUCCGUUUGUGUGCAGUGAGUGCGGAAAGAGUUUCAUAGAGAAGAAAUCUCACAAACUGCACAUGAGAACUCACACAGGAGAGCGUCCAUACACUUGUCCUCAGUGUGGAAAGAGUUUCGGACAGAAAUCCGGUCUGGGUUAUCACAUGAGAGUUCACACUGGAGAGCGGCCGUACACAUGUACUGAGUGUGGAAAGAGUUUCAUACAGAAAUGCAAUCUUAAGACCCACAUGACGAUUCACACUGAACAAAUCCCACACGCAUGUGUUGAGUGUGGAAAGAAAUUCAAAACAGAGGGAAGCCUAAAAAUUCACAGGAGACUUCAUCUUGAAGAAAGCCCAGACAAUCACGUGUGGAAAUAUCGCGAUGUGCAAAGAGAUCCAUGCGGCCAUUCUCUAGCCCCGCCCCCGGGGAGCCACUUCAACAUGACUGAUACAGACACAUCUGGAAUGAUAAAUGAAGAAAGUGAGGAACACAGAGACCUAAUGGAACUGGAAGGAACAUCAGGAUUAUCAAGGAAGCAAAAAAUACAAGCAAGCAAAUGUUUUACUUGCUCUACUUGUGCGAAAAGAUUCGACAGCAAAGGACACCUCACGACGCACAUGAGAAUCCAUAACAAAGAAAAGUCUGUCAUCUGUCCUCGAUGUGAAAAAUGCUUCCCAAACAAAAAGAAACUUGCAAUUCACACUAAAGAGUGUCCACACACAUGUCCUCAGUGUGGAAAGAGUUUCACACACAAAGGAAAUUUUAAUGCGCACAUGAGAAUUCACACUGGAGAGCGUCCGUAUAUGUGCAGUGAAUGCGGAAAGAGUUUCAGAGAGAAGAAAAAUCAUAAACUGCACAUGAGAAUUCACACAGGAGAGCGUCCAUACACAUGUCUUCAGUGCGGAAAGAGUUUCACAUACAAAGGAAAUUUUGAAGUGCACAUGAGAAUUCACACCGGAGAGCGCCCGUACACUUGCAGUGUGUGCGGGAAGAGUUUCAGGGAGAAGAAAGCUCAUGAUUUGCACAUGAUGAUUCACACUGGAGAGCGCCCUUACACAUGUCCUCAGUGUGGAAAGAGUUACACGAGCAAAUUUGGCCUCACAGCCCACAUGUUAAUUCACACAGGACAAAGCCCAUACACUUGUCUUCAGUGUGGAAAGAGUUACGGACAGAAAUCCGGUCUGGAUUAUCACAUGAGAGCUCACACUGGAGAGCGGCCGUACAGGUGCAGUGAGUGCGGAAAGAGUUUUUUGAGGAAGACAUCUCAUACACUGCAUAUGAGAAUUCACACAGGAGAGCGUCCAUACACAUGUCUUCAGUGUAGAAAGAGAUUCAGAUACAAAGGAAAUUUUGAAGCGCACAUGAGAAUUCACACUGGAAAGCGUCCGUUUGUGUGCAGUGAGUGCGGAAAGAGUUUCAUAGAGAAGAAAUCUCACAAACUGCACAUGAGAACUCACACAGGAGAGCGUCCAUACACUUGUCCUCAGUGUGGAAAGAGUUUCGGACAGAAAUCCGGUCUGGGUUAUCACAUGAGAGUUCACACUGGAGAGCGGCCGUACACAUGUACUGAGUGUGGAAAGAGUUUCAUACAGAAAUGCAAUCUUAAGACCCACAUGACGAUUCACACUGAACAAAUCCCACACGCAUGUGUUGAGUGUGGAAAGAAAUUCAAAACAGAGGGAAGCCUAAAAAUUCACAGGAGACUUCAUCUUGAAGAAAGCCCAGACAGCAAGAGAGCAGAUGAAAAACAUUGA